CCAGGCUGGGGCGAUUGCCGUCACCCCUGAACUUCUCCGUUCCUCUUCUCGGCCGCCCUCCUUUUCCGUUGUCCCUUCGCGCCCCAAACCACUUGCUGGAGCGCACUCUCCAGCGCGGCCGGCAGCAGGGACGGUGUGCCAGGGCGCAGGCCCUAGAGUAGCGUGCGCGGCCCCUUGCACCAUCCCCCCCCCGGGCCCACCCCCGGGCCGCGCUGAUUGGGCAGGUAGGGACUCUGCCCAGCGGAAAGUUUUGGGUGCCGGGAGGAAGUCCAACCUCGGGGAGACUCCAAGACAGCAGCUCCGGGGUCGGCGGGGGUCUGGGUGGCCAUGGAGGAGCCCCCUGUGCGAGAAGAGGAAGAGGAGGAGGGAGAGGAGGACGAGGAGAGGGAUGAAGCUGGGCCCGAGGGGGCGCUGGGCAAGAGCCCCUUCCAGCUGACCGCCGAGGACGUGUAUGACAUCUCCUACCUGUUGGGCCGCGAGCUUAUGGCCCUGGGCAGCGACCCCCGGGUGACGCAGCUGCAGUUCAAAGUCGUCCGCAUCCUGGAGAUGCUGGAGGCGCUGGUGAAUGAGGGCAGCCUGGCGCUGGAGGAGCUGAAGAUGGAGAGGGACAACCUCAGAAAGGAGGUGGAGGGGCUGCGGAGACAGAGCCCUCCGGCCAGCGGGGAGGUGAACCUGGGCCCAAACAAAAUGGUGGUUGACCUGACAGAUCCCAACCGACCCCGCUUCACUCUGCAGGAGCUAAGGGAUGUGCUGCAGGAACGCAACAAACUCAAGUCGCAGCUCCUGGUGGUGCAGGAAGAGCUGCAGUGCUACAAGAGUGGCCUGAUUCCACCAAGAGAAGGCCCAGGAGGACGAAGAGAAAAAGAUGCUGUGGUUACUAGGCCCAACAAUGCUGGCAGGAACAAGGAGGAGAAGACAAUCAUAAAAAAGCUGGAGGGAAACUGAUGCACAAGGAGACUACGUACCUGCCCAAGUUACACAGCAGUGGAUUGGAAGCAGAGGUUCUGUUCCAGCAGCUACAUGUCCCCUCCAAGGUGAGGCUAUAAUACUGAUGCCUGAAUCUUUGGGGGAGGAGGCAAGUCAAGUGGGCAGAGAUUAUCCCUAUUUGAGACAAGUUUCAGAGAGGGGAAGUGACUUGACUAAUGUCACACAGCUGACAAACACUUAAAACUGAUGCUGGAACUGGAUCUUUUGCGUCUAAACCAAGGGCUCUACUCACUGUUCCAAUCUGCCACCAGUACCCAAGCAUGGAGGGGACAGGGAUCUGGGCUAAUAGGGACUUCAGCACAAGACAGGUGCAGUGAUGAUUCGGAGCCUCCUGAGAAUCAUCAAGUCUAGUAAAUUAUGUCACCUAAGCUGACAAUUAUGUCAGCUAAAAUUUAUGAUGCUUACUAUGUGCCAGGCAUCGUUCUAAGGCUCAAAAUGCAUUAACUUUUAAGCUGGGCAUGGCGGCUCAUGCCUGUAAUCCCAGCAUUUUGGGAGACUGAGGCGGGUGGAUCAUUUAAUGUCAGGAGUUUGAGACCAGCCUGGCCAACAUGGUGAAAUCCUGUCUCUAACUGUGGCCGGGUGCAGUGGCUCACGCCUGUAAUCUGAGCAGUUUGGGAGGCCAAGGCGGGCAGAUCACUUGAGGUCAGGAGUUCGAAACCAGCCUGGUCAACAUGGUGAAAGACCAUCUCUACUAAAAAUACAAAAAAAUUAGCUGGGUGUGGUGGCUGGCACCUGUAAUCCCAGCUACUUGGGAGGCUGAGGCAGAAUUGCUUGAACCUGGGAGGUGGAGGUUGCAGUGAGCCCAGAUCGUGCCACUGCACUCCCGCCUGGGCGACAGAGCGAAAUUCCAUCUCAAAAAAAAAAAAAAAAAAAGCCGGGUGUGGUGGUGCAUGCCUGUAAUCCCAGCUAUUCAGGUAGCCGAGGCACGAGAAUUGCUUGAACCCAGGAGGUGGAGGUUGGAGGUUGCAGUGAGCUGAGAUUGCCCCACUGAACUCCAGCCUAGGUAACAGAGUGAGACUGUCUCAAAAAAAAAAGCAUUAACUUUUAAUUUUCACACACCCUAUGGUCCCCAGUAUACAGAUGAGGAAACCAAAGAGCUCAGAGUUCUGGGAAACAUGCUCAAAAUCACAUCAGUAAGCUUUUCUGGUUCCCCAGGAGGAUGCUUACCAAAGCUUAGACAUGCUGGUGUGACACAGUCAAAUUGUAAAAAGAGACACACAGGUGGCCUUGCCUGGCAAUAAAUAUUUUAAUUUGUUUCAUUUUUAUGAUGACAAAUAAUUUUCAAGUUUAUUUCCUUGUUUAAAUACAAAGCUAAACCACAAACAGGUAUAAUCAAGACAUUGUGUCUCACAUUUACACUCUCAUCGGAUCCUCUUCCAAUUUGCUGACCACUGACCAGGCUAGCGAGGGGGUGGGAGGGAAGACUUUCUUAGGUAGCACCGUCGUGAGGCCCGAGGUGGGGUUGGGGGGGAAUCAAAGACGAGGACAGGCUCUCAUACCUGUCUCCAUUCACAUUUACCUGGGACCAGGGUGGGCAGAAGACACCAGGUCAUGGCUCCUGAGCCCCGGCCCCCUGGACUGAAGGGACAGUGAGUGAGAAUCAGUUCUGUGAAGGGCGGGAGGAAGCAGCCACCUAUUCCUCCUGCCUUCAGAGUUAAGGUGAAAACCUUAGCCUUAUCCUUGAUUCCUGGGGGCCGCCGGGCCCUGCGUGCUCCCCUGCACACCUGGGUGCCUUUCUGAGGCUGGCAGCCGUGGCUGGGGUCAGGGGUCCUGGGCUCCUAGGCUCACACCUCAGCUCACAGUUGCGUCCUUGCAGGACACUGGGUGUCUGACAAACACAAGGCCUCGACAGCAGGUCUGGAACUUUCAACCCCAGCAGGAUGAGGGGGAAUGGGGGGUGGAUGUUAGGUAAGUAAUUUCUGGUCCCACUACAAAACUUUAUUUUUGAUUAGAGUACCAUUCUCAAUCUCUUCUACAAAAAGCAAAAAAAAAAAAAAAAAAAAAAAAAGCAGCCACUUCACUCACUUCAAGACCUAUAUACAUGUAAGUUGUUUUCUGUGGUUUUUUUUUAUUUUUAAUUUUUUUUAAUUUUUAUUUUUU